CCUCUGCCGCCUGGGCUCGUCGCGCCAUGGGAGCCGCCGGCCCGCGGGGGCCCGGGCCGUGACCCGAGCCAUGCCAGCAUCGCCCCUUCCUGUGAGCCGCGGGCUGGCCGCGCCGCAGCCCUGAGUUGGUGCUGUAUCAGCACAGAGAGCAGCAAUGGGAGUGUGCAGUUUUCUGUUGAAAAGGUCUCUCAAGAGCUCAUGAUUCUUUUUCCACUUCUCCCCUUAACAUUCCUACUGCUCCCCAGACAUGGCUCACCACGCGAGGCCUUCCAGAUCAGUCAAAAAAGAAGAGCUGGGCAAAAGGAAAACUAACCAGGGCAAAAAGAAAUCUAGCCAAGUGAGAAAGAAAACCUCAAAGACUUCCACGAAAGCUGUCAGUUCUGGAAAAGGCAAAAAGCCGGCGCAAGAAAAAGAUGUUAAGAAAAAAAACCAGCAAGAAAAGAAACCAAUCAUGAGCUCUUCAGGUAGACUUCUCAGGAGCAGUGUAACCAGAACCUUGUCUGGAGCGUCUUGGGUGAGUUUGGAGAAAGCUGACAGUAUCCUCUUUGACAGCCAGGAUUCUUUCAACAUCAAUGGCUUUACAAUGUCCCUCCGUAACCGACCCUUCUCCCCUAGAUUGUCCCAAACUCCAGUGAUUGCAAAACCCAAGAAAUCUGCAGUCCAGAAAAGGCUGGAAACAAAGGAAAACCAUGAGCAAGGAGCCCUGGCAGAAGUAGAAGAGAAAAAUGAUGAAACAGACGAAGUGGUUUUGAAACAAGAUUUAGCCCAAGAUGAGUUGGCUGCUCUGCCAGUAGAAGGUUCUCCCUGGAGUACCGGUGAAGGGCCUGCUGUCCCGUGUGCCAGUCAGGACAAGGAGGUAGAAAUAUCUGAAACAAAUGACACUGCUCCAAACAGUUGGGUAACUGAUGGUAUGGAAGCAUCAGGGGUGAUAUCUAAGCUUGAAGGUCUGCCCUGUGAGCAGAUACCCAGUGCUCUUGACAUGGGUACUUUGGCUGAAGCAUUUGUUGAUGGUGCUGUGCUUGUGCUUCCAACUUUUCCUUCCGACUCCACAAUCACCUCUGAAUCCGAGGUGUGUGGGGAGACUCCCUUCGAUGUGGUGCCCAGCAGUGAAGAGCCUGACCCCAGCUCUGCUGAUACCUCAGACCUCAGCUCAGCAGUACUGGCACAAGAGUCAGUCACUCUUGCCACAUGCCACAUUGAAGCAGAGUUGAACCUGGUGCUACCUAGUGAAGAACAAGGCUCCAAUUCUGCAGCUAUAGUUACCUCGGAGUUUAACUCACAAGAUUUACUAGAAGAUGCAAGGUCGCUUGCAGAGUCCUGCUUAAAGGCAGGCUGGGGUUUCGAAUCUGAGAAUAAAGACAUUGGUUCAAAUUCCAGCUCUGUAGCUACCACUGAAUCAAAUUUGCUUUUACAUUUUGAAGGUGCAAGCUCACUUGCAGAAUCCCCCAUGAGACUGGUUGUGGAUUUUGUACCCAUUCCCAAAGAAUUUGACCCAAAUUCAGAUUUGAGCUGUACGAGAGAAAAGUCAGAGUUUGACACAAAAAACAUAUUUACAGUAUGUGAAUCGGUCUCCAACGCCUCUUUAAACAAUAUUGAAGUGGAGGACAUAGAACAGCUUGUUAAAUGUAUCGAUGCAGAGACAUUCAUUUUGAAUUCAUGUUAUGUCCCCGCUUUAUCUUCAGAUUUAGAAAAAAGCACAGUCAAUGAAAUACCUGGUGAAAGCUCCGGACAGUUCUGUGAAGGUUUUGUUUCGGAGUUGCCUUCAAGGCUGGAAAUCUCUGCUCUUGCCUCAGAAAAAGCCAUAAAUGCAGAUUUGCCAGCUGACUCAAGACUGCAGCAUAAUGAUUAUUCAUCACAGCUGGGAAGUGUCGGAGUAAGCCUGAAUCUGGUUCAGGACAACGUGAGCAACAGCACUGAAGCAGCUGAGGCCUCAGGGCCAUCCUCUCUUAAAAAUCCAGCUGGUGGUUGCCCUGCUCCAUAUUCAUCUCUGCUCCCUGUGCUGGAGAAGAAGAAGCGAAGGCGCUGUGGAGUGUGUGAGCCGUGCCUGCGCAAGACCAACUGCGAGGAGUGCAGCUGCUGCAGGAAGCGCAAAACCAGCCACCGGAUAUGUAAGAAGAGAAAAUGUGAAGAACUGAAAAAGCCGCCACCGCCACCAGUCGCGCUGCCUUUCGAGGUUCUAACAGAAAACAAAAGGCCUCAGAGGAGGAAGCAAAGAGUUUUAAAGGCAAAUUUAGAAAACAAACCAGUAAAUGGCCGCAGACCAGAACUCAUGGAAUGCAGUAUAUGUGGUCAUGGUGAAAAAUACAGGGUGAAAAGCAACCAAGCAGUGCCCAUUGAAAAUGUGCAGUGCAAGGAGAAGGAAAGAAUGACUGGCCUGGAAGCAGAGAAGUGGGCACAUCAUGAGAAGCCAUCCUUUGGUGUCCAUGUCAACGGCGACAUCCACGGAGCUGUGCCGGGCACCGAGCACUUGAAACAUGCUGGAGACAGUGACAGAGCAGUCUCUCCCAGUCAGUUAGCUGAGCCAAAAAAAUCCUUUGCACAGACCAUCAGAAAUGGCAUCAAACCCCUGCAUUAUUCACCACCAGAAGCCGUUGCUUCACUGAAAAAGGUGUCUGUAGAGGAAAGGACAGACUUGACGAGCAACUCCCACCUGCAAUGGACGAAAGGUACCAAUGUGAAUAACACAGUAAACGCUCUGACAACUGGCAUUGGCUGUGCUCACCCACAAACCCAAGGAAAUGUUUUAAUGAAGGAUGAAAACUGCAUGUGCAGCGUCUCUGAGGAUUUUGAUAAGUCAGUUCUGCAGGCAGGUUCCAUCUCGGGUCUGCAGGAAAGCUUGUGUUGUCCUCCCCUACCUGAAGGGGAACUGCAGGCAGCGAAGGAUGGCUUUGAAGUACCUAAGGUGGAGAUACAGCCUGAAAAUCCUACACUCCAGCCAACUUUCCUGUCCCUGAUUAAAACCAGAAAUUUAACUGUGGAGCAGGUUGUAGCUAUUGAAGCUUUAACACAGUUAUCUGAAGUCCCUUUAGAAACAACUUCGCCAGCGAAAACUGAAAGAACUGAAUGUACAGAAGAAACAACUUACAACUUGCUCCAUGGUUUUCAAAGGGACAUCUCGUCCUCCUUCACAUCUUCUGCACUAAAAGAGAUCAAAGACACUUACUUACAGAAUGAGCAGCAGCUCCUGGCUCACUGCGCUCACCAGCAGAAGCAGCUCCCGAAUAAGGCAGCGUUAUACAAUGGCCAAAGCUCAGUCCCGGAAUUGCAGGAUAAACCUGCCCAUCUGGCUGGGGAGAUGUGUAAGUUACAGUUGUCCUCCAGAGAUACCAAAACUUUAUCUGACUUAACAUCUAAUGCCAUAUCACUUGCAGGCUAUACCACUGAGAAAAAUUAUGCUCAUGAUGCAGUUGCCCUUGGACAGUGUUGCAACGCUUCAUGUAAUGUCCAGCAAACAGGGAACAACUUGGAAACUCUGGGCCAGUUAGAGCAAAAGCCACCCUCUAAUGAUUUGAACUUGGAAACUGGCACUUUGAUUAAGGAAGGAGGGAUUCACAGCCAGGAUGAAGAAGAUGUGGCUGCACAACUAACUCAACUUGCAGCACUGAUUGAAUCAAACCAGGCCAAUACAGAGCAGAAGAAUGACAUAAAGGCAUCACUGAUUAAUCUAAUCUCACAUGAGAGGCAGCCAAAGCAUAACGAAGAUGUGUUGCAGAAAAAAGAACCCGUAUUUUUUAGGCAUAAUUAUAGUUCCUUGCUGAUAAAACAAAAACAAGCAACAAAUAAGAAAGGCGGUGCCAUGCCAUGGAAACCAAGACACAAAAAGAAGCCUCCAGAAGCACGCUAUCAACAGGCUAAUCAGAACCAGCUAGAGCUGUUGUCAUGCCAGCACAGCGAGUUGCAGGACAUUUGGAUAUCAUCAAAACUGCACAAGCUUGGUCAAACCAUGCCCCAGGACUCCAGAAUAGCUCUGCCUGAAAAAAAAUCUCCACGAACCAAAGUACAGAGAGCACAGAGUCAAAGUACUUCAUCACAAGAAAAAACUAGAUUAUUUCUCCCCCAAACGCAGAUAAAAUUCCACAGAUGUUUACCUGAGGCAGCACAAGAGAAAAAAAAAGACAGGUUGUUUGGCUGUGAAGCGGUGAAUGAGCAAAUGAAAACUGCAGGCUCCCGGGACCCACUGGGCACUGACCCACUGAAAAAUGAAGUUGUUGCACGUGGCCAACACAGUGACCUGUCCUCCCGAAAUCCUCUGGCUGUUCCACAGCUGAAAACAGCAUCCUUGUUGAACAGACCAACCGAAAACCUACAGAUGUUUACAGAACAAUGCAAUUCUCAGGUACAGCAAACAGCAGCUGGCAGUCAGGCACACCCUUUGCCUCCAGCCCUUACCCAGCCAGACCUGAGAGCCAACAGCAAGAGCAGUGAGAGCACAGCCUGUGUCCAGCAGGGCACACAGGCAGAGCCCAGGGUACAGGUGCUGCCUGUUCCCUGUGGAGGGGCCCAGGUGCCAGCCUGUGCCGAGGCUCUCAGGAACAUGGAGUGUGUGGGUGAGGUGACCGUCCUGACGUCAUCCAGUUUGGGUGCUGACCACGCACAGAGCACGGGCGACUCAGGGUGUUCCCCAGCAAAAAACACGCUCAGCAGUUUCCUUGAAUCACCUAUGAAGUUCCUUGAUACCCCCACAAAAAAUUUAAUAGAUACACCUACAAAAAAAGGACAGUCUGAGUUGCCAACUUGUGACUGUGUUGAGCAAAUUAUAGAGAAGGAUGAAGGCCCCUAUUACACACACCUUGGGACAGGACCCAGUGUUGCUGCUGUGAGAGAAAUCAUGGAGAACAGGUAUGGAGCAAAAGGAAGCGCUGUAAGAAUAGAGGUGGUGGUUUAUACGGGAAAGGAAGGAAAAAGCUCUCAGGGGUGUCCAAUUGCCAAGUGGGUGAUCCGCAGGAGCAGCGACGAGGAGAAGCUGCUGUGCCUGGUGAGGCAGCGGGCGGGACACCACUGCCAGACAGCUGUGAUCGUGAUCCUGAUCCUGGCCUGGGAGGGCAUCCCCCACCUGCUGGCGGACACGCUGUACAAGGAGCUGACGCAGAGCCUGCGCAAGUACGGCUGCCCCACCAGCCGCCGGUGCGCGCUCAACGAGGAUCGUACUUGUGCAUGUCAAGGACUUGACCCAGAAACUUGUGGAGCAUCAUUCUCAUUUGGCUGUUCAUGGAGUAUGUAUUUCAAUGGCUGUAAGUUUGCCAGGAGCAAAAACCCCAGGAAGUUUAGGCUUCUCACUGAUGACCCUAAGCAAGAGGAACUUCUGGAAAAUAAUCUACAAACGUUGGCUACUGAUGUGGCUCCAGUGUAUAAGAAGCUUGCUCCAGAAGCCUUCCAGAACCAGGUGGAGAAUGAGCACAUGGGCCCCGACUGCCGGCUGGGCUGCCAGGCGGGCCGGCCCUUCUCCGGGGUCACGGCCUGCAUCGACUUCUGCGCCCACGCGCACAAGGACACCCACAACAUGCACAACGGCAGCACCGUGGUCUGUACCCUGACGAAGGAAGACAACCGGAGCGUGGGGGUGAUCCCGAGUGACGAACAGCUCCACGUGCUGCCUCUGUACAAAAUCUCACAGACAGAUGAAUUCGGCACCGAAGAGGGCCUGGAAGCCAAGAUCAAAGCCGGGGCCAUCCAGGUGCUCACAGCAUUCCCCAGGGAAGUGCGGAUGUUGGCUGAGCCUCUCAGAGCCACCAAGAAAAAGAAACCAGACACAAGGAGGACCCCGAGUGAAAAGCAGCCAUUGAUAGAUAAAAAAUAUUCAACACCAGUAAAGCUGAAAACCGAAGCCCCAGAAAAUCUGGGCAACACUUUGCAUUGUUUAGGGAACAAAACAGAUGCUUUAAAACCUGGAAUAAAAAUGGAGACUUCCAAUCACCUGUAUGCCAUGAAACAUACUCCAAACACUACUAAAAAUUGCUCCUUGCUAAAGCAGUGCCCAGCUUCCUCCCCCUUCAAGGUGGAUAGUUUACAUCCUUGUCCAUCUCUAGCACAUAAGCCUGGCCUGACAGCAGUGACUAACAUUCAGCAAGAUUUUUCAGUUCCCUACGGGUAUUUUGAAUGCAGUACCAAGCAACCUCACGUGACCCCUUACAUCAACUGCAAGAGCUUCGAUGUGUCUGUCAAGGAUUAUACUGGAAUUCUGCUGGACGAGAAGGUGAAUGGGGUGCCACCGGUGCUUCCCGAGGUCACUGCUCCAGGCCCCCCAGCCCACACGGACCCCCUGCCCACUAUACUUGAACAUCAGCCCGACAAACAGAACUGUCAGCUCCAGCUGGACAGCUCUUCCUCACAGAUGGUCAGCUCUUGUGACCCGUCAGUACCGCUAAGCUCUCCGGCCACGGAUGCCGUCGGAAACGGAGCCGACUGUUCCCAUGGAUGCCCGGUGGAAAAGGGCAGCUCCCAUCGAGGACAGAUGUGUGACUUGGACUGUGCUGAUGAAAAGCAAAGCAGUGCACUGGGACACCCGGCUGAUUCUGAAGAAAAGGCUGAGGAGUUGUGGUCAGACAGCGAGCACAAUUUCUUGGACGAUGACAUCGGUGGGGUUGCUGUGGCACCUUCUCACGGUUCUAUCCUAAUUGAAUGUGCCAGACGGGAACUCCACGCCACCACACCGAUCAAAAAACCCAACCGGAAUCACCCCACGAGAAUUUCUUUAGUUUUCUACCAACACAAAAAUUUAAAUGAGCCAAAACACGGUUUAGCCAUGUGGGAAGCAAAGAUGGCCGAGAGGGCGAAAGAGAAAGAAAAAGAAGCGGAACGACUGGGAACGGAGAACUCGGAACUGAGCUCCGGCAACAGGAAAGCAAAGCAACCAAGUGAAAACAGAGAGCUUUUUUACGAAGACAAUGAGUUCAACCAAAUUCCCUCCCGCCGAGCGCUGACAGUGACCAAGGACAACGUGAUCACGGUGUCCUCGUACGCCCUGACGCGCGUGGCGGGGCCCUACAACCACUGGGCGUAGGUGGCGGGGCCCCUCCUGCGCAGGGUCACACGGGGCUUCUCCAAGGUGCUGUUCAAGAACAAGUCUCCUGUCGUUUACUAUUUGCUCAUCUCAACCAUUUUAAGGCUGAGGUAGAAAAAAAAAAAGGGGGGGGAUUUCUUCUUAAACUGUGACUUUAACAUUUGGUGGUGCUCAAGCACAUUUUAAGCAAAAAAAAAAAAAAAAAGAAAAGCUGUAUAGUUUUAAUACAUUCUAAGAAAGAUUUUGUUUAGGUUAUUAACCUUGAUUGAAUCAUUCAGUUUAUUACCUUUAGGAAUUUAUAUUUUGGUGCUUUAAAUAAAGUCUGUUUACUACAAAAAUCAUUUAUAGGGAUUUUAACAGGUUCACAUUUUAUGGUGUUAAAUCAAGUUAUACAGUUAUAGCUCUACACAGCUCUUGGUGCUUAACCACAUCAAACAGUUAAAAAUAAAUAAGCUGAAUUAUUACUUCAUGGUGCCAUUGCUUUAACAACUUCCAACCAUUGCUAUAUAGUCCAAAUUACAGAUAAAUCUUUUAGAAAACCAAUGAAUUUUGUUCUUUAGAUUUGUCAUUAUGUAUAAAAUGAAGUUAUUGGUAAGGAUGGCUGGAAGUUGUUUUUAAGCUGUAAAUAUAUAUUUUAAAAGCACUUUCUAUUUUUAAAAUUAACUUGAAAUAGUAUAGUCUAAGGAUCAUAUUGUCUGAGGUUUGUGCAUACUCUACAGAAGUGAUUUUAUUCUUGCUGUGUAGAGUUCCGUGUUGUUACAGCUGCAGGAUGUGUGCUCACAGCAUAUGUGGUUGGUUUUAACUUGCCCUUUUUCAUCGAAGAUUUUAUGUUGCAUUUAAACAGCAGUUAUCAAUUACAGAACCUUUUUAUUCCUUUCAAGAGAGUGUACAAACGUGAACCCAGGAGAUGUCUGGUCAGUACAUGUGUUGCUAUUGGGAGACAUGAACAUUGUUUGCUUUUUUUAAAGGCAGCAUUUUAUUAUGGUUUCUUUGAGCAAUAACUGUGUAAGUCUCAUUCCUUUGGAGCAUUCUAAGUUAACAUGACAACCAAAUGUUCUUAAUGCCUCAGGGGUAGGAUUGUUUUGGGAUAAAGAAAAUACCCCCUAGAGUUGCCUUAUUCUGUUCUGGAAAAAAAAAAUUAAUUUGAGGAAAUGACAAAGAAAGUGUUGGAAAAUUAUUAAGCUUCUAAUAUUUAAUAGCAAAUUUUUCAUUAAGAAUAACCUAUCUGCAAUAUUCAUCAACUUUGAGUUCCGUUUUCUUACAAAAAUGUUUUGUAAAAUUUUGAAGUAGUUUAUACAUUUCUCUUGGAAAGGGUUGUAUCCUUCCUUCCAAACAUGAAACUUCUGUUCUCCAUUUCUGUUGAAAAAGUGACAUAUCAUGAAACGAGUAUUUGCUAAAUCAGAGGAAAAACAGACACUCCAUUGCUUUUAAAUACUGUAGCAUCCCACUCUUCUUUCUGAUUCUCCUCUCCUAUGUAUUUCUUUUUUAAACUUAUUUAUUUAAACACAUUACCAAAUGACAGCGUUAGCUGGGGACUGAGCUCAUCCUGCACCUGGUCCCACAGGAGCCAGGACUCCUGGGGGAGCUGCAGGGUCAGGCCCUCACACAGAGCUGGACCUUCCUCCUGCCUCACGGCCGGGCAGCCUGGCGGUAGAACCAGGUCAGAGAGUUGCAGUGUGCAAAUGUACUGAUGAUAUACUUGAUCCAUUAUGCUGUAGUGGUGCUGUUAGAGGCGUAGCAGCUGUCUAGAGUUGCUGCAUUGCAACCCAGACAAGGUGCUUUUUCCUGGGGAAGCUCAAGUGCAAGCACUCUCUUUACAGUUCUGGUACGACAAGUCCAUCAGUGGUGUUUUUAACACCUGGUGCCAGUCGGGACCUUGGUGCUACAACUCCUUGGGUGUGGCUGCAGAGCCGCGAGCCUGCGCUCCUGCCCUGGGGGGUGUGCAGGAGCGAGGGCUGAAGUACCAAUCACUCUGUAACGACCCCGGGUUCAAUUCCCCACAUUCUGUUCCAGUUAACAAAGCUGCGAUGGCAGAGGAUGGAAGGAUUGAACCCGUUCUUUGUCUCUUACCUAUUUUAAGUAAAGUUUGUAAAAACCGGGUAUGCUGCAAAUUUUAGUUGAAAGCUUAAUAUUAGCUCAAAUAGAGGAUAUGAAGGGAUUGUAAAUAAUAAAACAGAACCGAUAUUAUGCCAUCGUUUUGUACCAGCAGUUUUAUGCUUAUUAACUAUGUAAUAUACAGUAUACAUCAAAUCAUUAUGGUAUUUUGUGUGCCUUAGAGUUCCAUUGUAACCCUUGUCUGUUUUUGGUGAGCCCAAGAUCAGUAGGAGUGGCAGCUGUCCAUACAGUGAGCAGUGCUGUACGUUCCCAGCUGUUCUGAAAGCCCUGGCCCCACACCACGAGCUUAGGUUAUUGGUUUCACUGGUAGUGCUGACAGCUUCGGUUUCUGUAGUGCUGUAAUUCAGCACUCCCACGUAAUAAACACAUUUUCCACACAAAAUUAGUAAGUUACAGAGCCAUCUCUUUACCUUUUAAAACGUUCAUACCAUUAAAGUGGAUCAUUUUUACUUGAAUUUUCUCCUGCAAUUGCCCAUAUUUAACUUAUGUAAAGUUCAAGAUAAAAAUGUUCCAUUGAAAAACCAGCAGCUUUCCUCUAAGAAGUGAGGCACUGAAGGAUGGAUCUAAAAGGAUCCCUUCAAACGCAAAUAGUCCAGGUGUGAAAUGGCAAUUCUAACAGAGAAACUUGUAUCUUAACAGAAUAAUUAAGCUAUUAACUGAUAGGUGCUAAACUCACAGUUACUACUUCAUUAACAUUACUUACCUGAGAAAUAGCUCAUCUCUACAAUAACAUAUCCCUCGUGGUGCUCUUCCCUUUUCUGUGUCCCCUAAGCUGCUUUUCCAGCACAUCCUGCCUGCCAGGCUGGCUGGGCACAGGCAGGCUGUGCUUGGAGAAGCUGGUAUUUUCUAUUGCUGUACUGCAGGAUAGAAAAUGCAGCUAUUUACUGUUUGUACAACUCUGCUAUUCUUGUAACACUUCAGAAUAUUUAUCAGUCUUGUACACAAACUGCAUUGUUUUCAGUAAGGUUAUUGUUUUAUAACAGUAUUUGUCUCUUUAAGAUUUGCUACUCCGUGGGUCUGUUCUUUCCUUUGCCGCCCACACAGCCACUUGUAAUUUGUUCUUACCUCUUAACUAAGCCCUUCUGGGAUGGCCAGACCAGGAGCUGGAUGUAAAACUAAGGUAGCUGGCACAAUGUUCUGGGUGGAAAACCAGUACAUGGAUUCAGGUCUGGGUUGGUGAUGGGCUGUGCUCGCCUUUGGAUCAUUUUUCACAGUACGGUACCAAAAACUGUCCUGAUCCAACAUGCAGCACCUCUGACUUCAGAAGAAAUGUCUCAUCCGUGUCUCCACUGGGUCCAGUAGCAGCACUCCACCUCCCCUCUGGAAGGAAGGAGCAGUGCUUGUUGCAGGAGCUGGUUCUGUUUGACUCCUUGAGUCCCUGUGGGAGUCACUGCAGUCAUGCCCACUUAAACAGGGAAUUUACUGAUUUUUCACAUGCUAUUGUAUUACACAAACCAGGAAAACAUAUUUCUAUACGUACUUGAGUCACAAGAUCCAAGAAGCUUUUUAAGACCUUAAAAUACUUGCAGCUUUCUACCUGUAACGGUUGUAUUCAAUUUUUUUUAAAGGACUUUCUAAGGUAACUUUUACUUAACUGCUGGUGAAAGUCCUUGUCUUACCUAUGACAGUGCUUCUCUAGACUUAGCACGGGAAAUACCUGUAGUAUCUUAAGCCACGUUUUAUGUUAAGCAUGGGUAAAUGACAACUUCUCUAGGACUUAAGAUUCUUUGUAAUAUACAACUGUGUGGGGUUUUUUAAAGACCUCUUUAAUUUCCUUGCAGUAUUUGGUGGGUUAAAUUUGGGUCCUGUUUAUGUUGCUGCAGCCCUGCUGAGUGUUCAUUCAUCAGGCUUUCCUGCAAUUCCCUGUUUAACUGGAGGGGUAUGGCCAAGAGCUGAGUCAGGUCUGUGCCCCUCAGAGCUUUGCAGCCCUACCACGAUGAACAGGUUGUGCAAGGACAGAUGGAGAGAGAUUUGGAGUAGAUGUUUAGUUGUGGUUAAACACAGAGGUUGUGCUGUUUGGAGCAGGACAGUGAUUCAGGUCUGCAGUGUGACACAGUUCCUGCACCUCAAGUCCCAGGCAGGUCUGUGUCAGAGCAGCUCCAGGCUUGAGCUCUUGACAGCUUCUCGUGAUUUGUCUUAUCUGACAGGUUGGUCAGUGAGACAGAAGUUAGGGAAGCAGGUUAAGGAAAGUUGCAUCUUCAUGGGUUUAUAUUUAAAAAUGUAAGGUCAGUCUUGCCCUUUCAUUUCCCAUGGAACUUCUCCCAUGUUGAAAUUAGCUCCAUUUAUCAAGCAGUCAUCAGCUUUGCAGUCCACUUAUACAUAUGGUUGUUCUCUUUUCCACAGAAAUCCUGUAAUUUCUAGGUCAUCAGGAGGAAAUAACUGUGCCCUCAGAUAUAUGGAAAACUAAAUUCAUGGCCACUUGCAUGCUUUGGAUAUGUUAACAGCAAUUACAUUUGGGCAGGACUAUUGUGGUCCCUGAAAUUCUUUGUGGCGUCGACUCCAUAGCUGUGUUUUAUUUCUUGUGUGACAGCUGUCUGCCUGUGAUGAUCUGAACUUAACUAACACAAUUAGAGAUGAGGAGCAGUCCAAUCACACCUGGAAGUUCUGGCCUGCUUUAUUUUAUCAGGUAUUGGUCCGACUUGGCAGAAGGAAUUGUAGAGGGAAUAUCUUUCCAUAAAAUUGGGCGGUAGAGAGAGUUGCCAUGGAUUGUUGUGACACCACGGUACUGCAGUGUCUGUGUCACAGCACUGUUCUGACCAGGAAGAUGUUUCCUUGUGGACAGAUGUACAAACUGACCUCUUCCCACAGCUCCUUCUUUAGUCUCUGCCUCCAUAUACUGGUUUAAAGGAAAAAAAAAGAGGGACAGAGUUGGUCACCCUUUCUUGAUCUGUGAAGGCAAACGAUGCAGCGAGCACUGCGUUCAUCCUCAGUCUGCUGCCCCUUCCCACGGUCAGGAUAGAGAAUAUGGAAAGCUGAGGGGAUGCUGGUUGGACUGGAUGGUCUUUACAGUCUUUUCCACCCUUAACAAUUCCAUGACUUUAUGCACAGCAUGAAUAAGGUACAGUUGGCUUUUUGAGACAACCUUCUUUGUACAUGUGUUGUAUGCCAGGAUACUUCUUUAUAUUGACACUUCUUUUGGUACAUCUGACUUUAAAUUCAUAAGCUUUUUUUACUUAGUCUGUGACACACUUAUAUUUGCCUGUAAUCUAAACCUGAGUGACCAGUGUCAAAAAUCCUGGGGAUGGGGCUACUUAGUGGAAGAGUUCUGGAACUGAUUUCAGUCUCUUUGGGGAUUACCUGAUGGUUGCUCAGUCUUCUCAAGUUGUCUUUGUGCUGCUUUAGUAUGUUGCUACAAAAUCAUAAAAGAAAGUUUUACACCUGAGGUUUCCUGAGAGCAAGGAUUUCUAAGAGUAGUAUCUGAUCAUGCACCAGGAUACGUAUGGAUCACUUCUUCUGAAGAGUGGUUAAAAAUGGGUUGUUGAUUACUUCCUAUUGAAACAUUUUUGGUUUCUUUUAGAGAAUCAAAUAAUCAGUUUUCCAGUUAACUUUUACAUUUCUUGAUGUAGUUAUUACAGCCUGUUCUUAUAUCUGCAAGUAGCCAAACAAAAGAGACUUUGCUAGACUAAAAAACUGCUGACCCCUGAGAAGGAAAGGUCAUCCCUUCUCAGAGUACAGGAUUUUUGUACUGUUUUUUCUCCCUGUUGUGCCAGCAUCUCUGUGGAAUGUCUCUUGUCUUCUGAGUUACUCUAACAGCUCUGCCCAGUUCCUGACAGAAAGCGGCUGCUGCAGAACCUGCAUGACUGAAAGAGCAGGAGUGUUUCUUUACAUCUUCUGGUUAGAUCAGUCACGGUCCUUGUGAGACACCCAAGUGUGGUGUAAGUGAAAUGGUGCAAGUUAAAUGCCUUAACUACCAUAGGGCUGCUGGGAAAAAAGAUGUUCUUCCUCUGUAGCAGCAAAUGGAAUUGAUGGAGCUUGAGCAGAAAAUAAUAAAGUAGUUGCUUCUUUUGUUAAAGGGUAUCAGGGUGUCAGCAUCACUGUUUCCUUCUUUCUGAGAUAUAAAGACUUCAGGAUUCUUUUUCCAAUCCAGUUCCCCAGUUCAUCAUCCCAACAUACUGCUGACUUCAGUUUUAAAAGAUACAAGAUGCUUCUCGAUGCUGUUUUCUUUAAUUCUUCCCAGAACAGUGCAUUUUCCUCUUUUCUUCUACUGGACCAUUACAUAUGGCAUUUUUCCACACAUACUUGUAUUCAAAUACUAGAAUCUUCCAACAGCAUUCUUGCACUGAAUGCAAGACCAGGGUGCUAAACAAGGUGAGGGUGACUUGCUGUGUCGGGUGUGACUGAUCAAAGGUGCUGUUUCCAACACUGCACACCCUACACCAUUCCUCAGUCACGGAAUGCAGGGGGACACUCAAAAGCUCCAUGUGUGAGGAGGAGGACAGGUCUGGCUCUUAAUCUGCAGGGUUAGCAGGUACAGCAGAUGAAGUGUGUUCCAAAGAAGUGCUGUUGCAGUGGAGCAAGGGAACUGCUAGUUUGAUGUUCAGUUUUGCAGUUGUUGCCACACAACGUUUUGAUACUGUUGUGGAAAGUUUUGUGACUGAUCAGUAUUUUACAUGUAUAUCUGUAUUUUUUAUGAUGAUGUUGUAAUGGAAAAGGGUCUAGGGUACAGGAGUGGUCUUAAAAUAAGAAUGAAGGCCCUGAUUCUCACUUAUACUACUGUCCUUUGCAUUGCAGUGAAAGGAUAAAGGGGCCUUAAAUGGAUGUCACUUUAGCUUAUGGCCUUUGGAGUAUCCCAUCACACUGACCAUGGUAUCAAAGGUCAGGAGCAUAAAUCAAAACAGACACCAAAUGACUGAUCUGUACAAUCAACUGAAAUCAACUGCAUGGUGUUGCUGCUGUGCAUGUACUGGCCAGCAACAUCCACAUUGUUCUUAGUUUAAAAAUGCAGGUUCAACAGAAACUGCCUUGGGGUUUACCACGUUUUAAGUAUCCAUUUAUAUUGGCUGUUCUUUGCCCAACACUGUCUCCAAAGCCAGUGUGGUAAAAGAUUUGUGCCUCUAGGUAAUGGCCAGACCAGAAAUCUCAUAGAAUUGUCAAUAAUACCAUUUUUAAAAGAUCUGGUAGUUUCUCUUAAAAUACUUGCUUGCCUUUAUCAUAAUUUGAUCCCUUUUCCUUGCUGAUGAGGGGGAUUGUGAGGAUCUGCCCUGCAGAGCCAGCAGGGUGUGCAGCGUUGUGCGCUCUUGUCACACUGGGGGACUUUGGGACCCAAAGCUAAAAGCCAGCAUGUCCUGCCUGCCCUGACUGUGGUGCUACUUGCCAGGGAAACCAUGGCCAUUGCUCUGCAUGCCGAGUCCUGCUGAGCUUCCCCUGCCACUGGAAGCUUUAUGGAAGCAAUUCCCCCCAUAUAUUCCAUAGCUGCAGUUAUGGAAUGCAAGGUAAUGCAAACUUCUCAUUCAAAAAACGUUUGAGGAGAAGGAAAUAUACUUUCCUACCUAAAUUUGUACACAUCAGCAGUACUGCAGAGCCUAAUGAGAACAGAUUUUGUACAGCUUUGUGAAUGCCUGUCUAAUCCAUGCAACUCCAAAGGCAGCAGCUGAACUUCAUGAAUCUCUGAUCCACAAAAUGAAAAGAUAUCUGUAGGCCAGAAAACAAAUGGGAUAUCCCAAUACUACUAAAUGAGAGCCAGUUCUAACCAAUGCCAACAUUCAGACAGUUCGGUUUUUAGCAGUGAAUUAUUCCACGAUUAUUUGUUCAUUUUGGAAGAGACAGCUCUUCCUAAUGUGACAGUACCACACCAGCUCAUAGGUACUGAUUGGAAUUGGCUGUCACUAAGAACAGUAAUAAGUAAGGACACUGUACUGAAAUGCUGUGGCCAGUGAAUUCCUUCCUGCUUUGCAAAGUUAAAAGACUAACCGUGUGCUGAAGCAAAGGUAAAAGAGUCAGCCUUUCUUUCCUUUUCUCUUCUUUUCUCUCUAUUUUUCUCUCUUUCUUUGGGAUGCAUUUGAUAUUUAUUUUUCAACUUUGAAGUCUUCUUUCCAGUUACCAACCUACUGUAUUGAAAUCUGGAACAUAAAUUUAACACUUUUUAAAUAAAAGAUUACGUACAGGGAGACAAAAAUCAGAAAGAAAAAGCACUUCAUUAUGUCACAGUAUUUACAGGAAAAAGUAUAAAAAUCACCUGUUUUCUCAAAAAAACCCAAACAUUUGGGGCCUGAUUCUUUCCCAGUAUAACUGAGCACAGCUCCCUGAGGCUGGUGGAGCUGUGAAGAGUUAUGCUGGCUGAGAAAUGGAACCUUAAAAUCUUCUUUGCAGACAAGGGAACCCUUACCAGCAGUACUUGAAGACUUGUGAGUUGUGACUGCAUGUUACUUGAAAGAUCUAAUUAAGCUAUGUUUUUUGGUGCAAGCAGUUGUUGUACAUGAUUUCAUGUUUAUGUAGCAAGAUGCAUUGAAAUGUUGAUACUAGUAUUGAAACAUACAUGUAAAAAUUGUUGUCGUGGAAAUUGUCUGUUCUGUUCUAUUUUUCUUGUGUGUCUCAUCUGUUUAGAACGUAAACUUCCUUUUUUUUUUUUUAUUGUCCUAACUGAAUAAGGCUAAAUGAAUACUGUAAUUGAAAAUAUAUUUUAAAUCUUGUCAUGAGUUUUUAAAAAGACUAUUACAAAUUGUAUCAUUCCUGAUUACACAGAACUUUGUGGGUGGUUUUAAAUAAAUUUUAUACUUCUAUUUUGCACUCA